GGAAGACCUAGAAACAGUGGUACCGGUGCCCCUGACCAAAGGCAAGUAGUAGACAUAAUUAGGCAGUUGAUUACGCCGAAACUUGAAGGUUGCGUCUUUGCAAGUCGAAAACGUCCAACUUACAACUUUUUUUACAACACCCUUAAUUCUGUUGAUUUUUUACCAUCCGGACCUCUAGCGAAUAACAUAAACGAAAUCUUCUGUAGUACCAUCUUCACGCCCUUCUACCGCUAAAAUGGAAAAUUUCAAGGCUAUUGGUAGUAGCUUGAGCUCUAUUGGCUCACAGAUUACCCCCUUCGCCUCUCGUACUUUUCAGUACACCAAGGAGCAACUUGGCCAGGCCGAAGAUAAGACUCAACUACCCCCCGAUUAUAUCGACCUCGAAAAGCGAGUGGAUGCUUUAAAACAGGUCCAUCAGAAGAUGCUUGCAGUGACCUCGCAAUACUCUCACGAAGCUUACGACUACCCUAACAAUAUUAAAGAGAGUUUCUCGGACCUCGGCCGCACCGUUAGCGAGAAGGUCCAGCUUCUCUCCGCUGCCACCACCCCCGCCGAAGCCCAGGCUGCAUUGACCGCACCCCCCACCGCAAAGCCCCAGCCCAAGACUUUCUCGCACGCCAUCGCCCGAGCCAGCUUAGCGAGCUCUCAGCUUCUUCACCAGCAACACACCGGCGCCGGCGAAGAUCCCCUCGCGACCGCGCUCGAGAAGUAUGCGCUAGCCAGCGAGCGACUGGGCGAGGCCCGCCUCGCUCAGGACGCCCAGAUCCAGAGCCAUUACCUCGCCGGCUGGAACACGACUCUGAACACCAACCUGAUGUUCGCGACGCGCGCGCGCAAGAAUGUCGAGAAGGCGCGCUUGACCCUCGACUCGGUCAAGGCCCGCGCUAAGGGUACUACCUGGAAGAUUGGCCAGCAGCCGCGUGAGGAUCACCACACCGAGGAGCUGAGUGCCGAGGCCCAGGAGGAGAUUGAGAAGGCCGAGGACGAGUUUGUUACUCAGACUGAGGAGGCUGUGAGCGUGAUGAAGAAUGUUCUGGAUACUCCCGAGCCUCUUCGUAACCUUGCCGAGCUCAUCGCCGCCCAGCUCGAGUACCACAAGAAGGCUACCGAGAUCUUGAGCGAGCUCGCCCCUGUCAUUGAGGGUCUACAGGUCGAGCAGGAGGCCAACUACCGCAAGAGCCGCGAGAGCGCUUCGUAGAUGAUUGAUACCCGCGAAAACUCGCACAUUACGACGGAACAAGGUCUGCUGUUAAGGUUUUGCAAGAAAAAAACCCGGAUGGGGGAGGGGGCCGGGCUAUACUAGGCUAUGGGGACGGUGGCAGAUCUGUUAGGAUUAUAUUUCUUUUUCACCUCUUUUUUUCGCCUGCUUGAUUCUACAUGAUUGCGUGUUUGAGCAAGUGUGAUAUAGACCAAUCAAUGGGGCGAUGGAAAGGGAUUCCCCUAGCGGAAUUUCUCGAUGCUUCACGUUCUGCUUCCGUUUGGGGAGAUGGAUCAAUCGAUGCGAUUUUUGCAAGUUUGAAGUUCAAACAUGUGACGUUUUUUGAUGUUGUGUGUGAUAUAUAAUAGUAAAGGAGUCAAUCUGCUUUGCCAUCAGACUUCAUUAUACGGAUUCACCAAUACUUUCGAGCUCAGAUAGUUAGACAUGAAUUCAAGAUGAACAGGUUAUUGAAAUGGAAUUAUAAGAGUUAAGCUACUAUAGUAUAAAUUGUGCUCAUCAUCUAAUAUCUGUGAGAUACCCAUAUGAAUUUCUUUGUUUUUGGGAGUUGACUU